AUGAAAAAACAACGUGAAUUCGAUGAUAAUAUUGUACGUUCAGGUACACGUGUACGUGAAAGUGUACGUAGUUUACCAAAAGGACAUUUUCAACAGAUAAGACAAAUGUUUGAAAAACAAACAUAUUCAACAAAAAAAUUAUCAACUAUUUAUGAACGACAACAAAAACCUAUUUUAAAUGAUGUUUUAUUACGAUUACCUGUAACUGAUGAUGAAAAAUUAAAACAUAGAAUAACAAAUAUUAAUGAUAUAAAAAUAAAUCAUAAUAAAUCAUCACUUGAAGAACGUUACCAAGAUUAUCUUGCUGAAUAUCAAACAUUUCGUUUAAAACUUACAAAUGAAUUUCUUCAACAUAAAAUAAUGUAUCCAUUAAAGCCAAAUGAACAUUUAUUUGAAAAAUCAAUAUCAUUGUCUCAUGAGAAUAAUUUAAAUCAAGAAACACUUUCACAUACAACUUCAUUAACAGAACAACAACUUCCUUUAUCCAAAUUAGAAGAAUCGAUUUUAAUAACAUCUCAACUUAAUAAACAGCGUCAAUUGGCAAUGUCAGCCAUUAUUAAUUAUACUGAUAGUUACGAUUCAUUAACUUCAAAUUCUUUAAAACGUACAGGUAGUAGUCGACAAUAUGUAUCUAGUUUACAAAGUACAUCAGAUGUUCAUACUAAACCUGUUUAUUUAACAACACCAACAAAAUGUAAUUUAUUAAAAGAUAAUCAAUCAAUGAUAUCUAAUGAAACAUAUAAUACAUUAAAAUCUUCAAGACGUCUUCAUUCUUCAACAUCAUUAUCAUCAACUGGUUAUGAUUCAAAUUCUUCACCUUCAAUUAAAUCUAAACGUAAUUCUAUAGCAACAAAUAAUAGUAAUGAUUUUAUAAUACAAUCAACAUGUUCAUCCUCACCAACAUCAUCAUCUUCUUCUUCGUGUCCAUUAUCAUCAAGCGAUGAACAACAACAGCAAUUAUCAAAACCUUGGAUACAAUAUCAAUCAAAUACAAUAAAACCUUCAAAUGAUAAUGAUGAUGUAUUUGAAAGUUCAAAUGAAUCAUCAUCAUCACCAUUAAUAAGUCGUACUGAAAUAAAAUUAAAUCAACCAACAAUUGAUUCUCGUCCUACAAAUGUUAUUCGUCAUGCAGUUAUUCGUAAUUCAACUUUAAUUAAUUCUCCUUCGUCAUCAACAACAACAACAACAACAUCAACACAUGAACCAAUAAUAGCACCAAAAAAUAGUAAUAAUUUAUCUUAUAUUGUACAAACAACAUCAUUUCCUGAUCAUACAAUAGAUAGAAAAAUUCGUCGAUGGAAUAAUGUUUAUGGUGAACGUAUAGAAAUUGUUAAUAAAUCAAAAAGAAAUAGAAAAUAUCCAUUAUUAUCUACUAAUUCAAUGGGUUUUCAAGUUAUGAGUUCAAAUAAUGAACAACAACAACAACAAAUAGAAUUCGAUACUUUAAAUACAAAUUCAGAACAAAAAAAAAUUUAUCAACAAGAAGAAAAUUCAUCAUCUCUAGUAGAAACUCCAGUAUUGUAUCGAUUACCACCAAAAAAACCACCAAGAACAUUUGAAAAUGAAAGAAAAAAUGAUCAUUUAGUAGAAUCAAACAGUCAAAAAGUGCCAUCGCCAGCAUUAUCAAAUGAAAAUUCACCAACAUUUGAUCGUGGUACUCGUUCAAUUAGUUGUAUGGAUUUAACAGCAAGUGUUUCCAAUGCUUUAUUAUCUAAUGAUCAUCAACAUAAUCAUAAUUCACAUCGAUCAAGUAUUCUAUUAGAAAAAUCUAUAAAAAUAUCUAUUCCAAAUGAAAAUCUUAAUAAACCAUUAACAUCAAUAAUUCAAAAAGAUAAUCAAGAACAAUAUUUAUAUAAUAGUUCUCAUAGUGAAUUAAAUACAACAAAUAAAAAUAAUCAUACUUUUCAUACACCAAUAAUAAAACCAAAACAAAAUAAUAUAUUAAUAACAAAAAAAAAUUCAUCAAUGAAAAAAGGUAUAAGUGAACCAAAUCUUAGAAAAACAUCUCGUAAUCGAUCACCAUUUUCACCACGUGCACUUAUUGAUCGUUUUAAACGUAUGUUACCAUUAACAUUAUCAAAACAAUCAUUAAAUGAUAAAAUAAUCAAUCAUAAUGAUAACAUAUCAAUAGUAAAUGAUAGUGAUGAUACAGCAAGUACAUCAUCAGAAAAUACUGAUCAUUUACGAACAUCUCGUCUUGAUCAUGUUAGUCGUGUUAAAGAUGUUUAUGAUUCAUUAAAUACAUCAAAUCAUAUGUCAAGUUUACUUACCGAUCCAAAUAUAUCUAUACCAAUAAAUGAAUUAAAAACUUUAUAUGAUUAUGUUGUUCAUAUUAUACCUGAACAAGAAUUAGGUUAUUUUUCAAAUGGUAAUGGUUGUUUAUUAUCAUCAAAUAUAAAUCAACAACAACAACAACAAUAUAUAUCAACAUCAACAUCAAUACGUUUUAAAUAUCCAUUAAAUGCAAAUGAUGAAGUAACAUUAAAAUAUUUUUGUUUUCCUGAUCAAAAUGAUUCAAAUAAUAAUCCAUUAUUAUUAAUGAAAACUAUAACACAAGAAUAUUUUCGUUUUACAUUAACAAAUAUGUAUGGUAUAAGACAAUAUGGUUAUUGUUCAAGAUUUUAUCAUAAAGGUAUAAUUAAUGCAUUAUGUAUUGUUUCACCAUAUGAUAUGAUUGAUGUUUAUGAAAAAAUUCUUUCAACUGCUACAGAAUUAUUUCUUUCAUAUAAAGAUAAUGAUGCAAGAAAAUUUUUAGAAGAAAUUUAUCAACAUCAUUUACCAAAUCGUGGUGAUACAAUACAUAUUAGUACAACAACAGUUGGUUUAUAUACAUUAAAAUGUGAAUAUGAUAGAAGAAAAGUAUUAAUUGAUUCAGUUACUUUACUUAGUUUAUCAACAGAAAUAAUCAUUAAAAUAUUUUCUUCGAUUCUCUACGAACAAAAAAUCAUCUUUAUUGGUAAUGAACUUGGUCCAUUAACACGUUUAAUUAAUACAUUUAUUUGUCUACUUUAUCCAUUUUCAUGGCCACAUACAUAUGUUCCAAUAUUACCUUCAUUAAUGCUUGAUGUAAUACAAGCACCAACACCUUAUAUUAUUGGUAUAUUACGUUCUUGUGAAUCAUAUUUAAUAGCAAAUGAUGAUUUUGUAUUACAAGAUAAUUCAGAUAUACUUAUUGUUGAUAUUGAUCAUGAUCGUAUACGUUCAAUAAAUGAUUAUUUAACAAAUAAUACAUAUCGUAGUUCAAUAGAAAAUUUACAUCAUUUUCCAUUAACACAUGGAGAUACAACACAUUUUCAAAUAUUACCUAAAAUAUUUAAAAUUGAAUUAAAACAAGAAAUAUCAUUAUUACGUAAAACUCGUUUAAGUUUAUCAUUGGAUGAAUGUCAACAACGUUUACAUAAUGUAUUUAUGUCUAUAUUUGUACAAUCAUGUUAUAAUUAUAAAGAUUAUUAUAAUGAAAAAUUUCAAUAUGAAGAAUUUCUUCAAUCAAAACAACAUACAAUUGAAUUAUUUUUAGAAUGGUUUACACAUACACAAAUAUUUGAAUUAUUUAUUCGACAAAAAUUUGAAAAUAAUAAUUCAAAUCAAUAUGCAAUUACAUUUGAUUUAGCUUGUGAAAAAUAUUCGAAAACAUUAAAUAAACAAAUAACACCACAACGUAUGACAGUUAAAUCAAUUAAACGAAAAUCAGCAACACGAGCAAAUAAACAAGAGAAUAAAUUUUAA